AAUGAGCAGCUCCUGCAGGACGUUGACUUCUACCGCGGGGAGCUGGAGCAGAAACAGCCGUCGCCGUCCAGAGACGAGAGCGCAGAGACGCAGAGGAAACUCAACCUGGCCAACCGGCAGCUCUACCAGUGCCUGGAAGACCUUCAGCGAACGGAAGAUGACAACGCACACCUGAAGACGCAGAACGAGCAGAUGCAGAAAAGUCUGGAGGAGUCGGUGAGGGAGAUGGAGAAGAUGACGGACGAGUACAACAAGAUGAAGAUCGUUGUGCAGCAGACCGACUCCAUCAUGGACCAGCUCAGGAAAGACAGGGAUCAUUCAAAGCUGCAGGUAGAGAACCAAUUGAAUUGACUGCAUUUUGUUUUCUCAAGCUGCAGGUGUUGACUUUCAAGCUAACACUUUGACUU